AUGGCUGAAAAAUAACAUAAAGUCUUUUAUCGAAACCACAUAUUGGUUGUACCAACCAGAAAUCUAGAUUUGCAACACAGGCAUUUUAUGUUGGAUAUCAUGAACAUUCUUCCACAUUCUAAAAAAACAAAUAAAAUCAAAUAUGAAUAGCUGAGAUAAGUUAUUCCUUCCCUUUGUGAAAAUCAUAAAUGUAAUUCAUUUAUAGUUUUCCACACAAUAUAAAAUUAGCUUAUCUUAGUUUUCGGUUCAUAUCCAUCAGGACCUACAGUUAAAUUCUCUGUUCUUAAUAUUACAACUAUCAAAGAUCUAUAAUUGGCCGGCAAUUUUUCAAAAAAGGGCAGAGUUCUCCUUUAAUUUGAUCAAAGAUUUAAUAAUAUCACUAAAUACAAAUUACUCAAAGAAAUAAUAACUCUACUGUUCAAUGUUUCUUAAGCUAGAUUUACUGAUAAUUAUAUUGAUAGAAUCUUUACUUUUACUACUGAGGGUGAAGCACAAAAUAGAAUUUGGUUUAGAUAAUUUGAAAUUUUUUGA